GGGAGGAGACUGCUGCUGCGGGGUGGUACAAUGAGGAGCUGCGAGGUCCUCCUGCACUCACAGGACGCAUGAGAGCUGAGCAAAGCCGCAGCGAACUGAAGCAAAGUUGGUGCCCCCGUCAGUCUACCUCCAGCAGGGACCAUGAGAGUCCUCUUACUCAUCUGCAUGCCAGUUGUGCUGCUCGCCCAGGCUCAGUACCAGGACCGCUUUCCUUAUUUGGAUGACUAUGAUUCGGAUUAUUUACCAGGAAAUCCAGAUUCUCCUCCCGAUACCUUCCAGCAGCAGGUCCGGCCCGAGACAGCGGUCCGCCCAGACACAUCCGGGUCCAAUUUGGAGACCGAGCCAACAGAGCCCGGUCCUCUUGAUUGCAGAGAGGAGCAGUAUCCCUGCACCAGACUCUACUCUGUUCACAAGCCAUGCAAGCAGUGCCUGAACAGCCUCUGCUUCUACAGUUUGCGACGGGUGUACGUCGUCAACAAGGAGAUCUGCGUGAGGACUGUGUGCGCACAUGAAGAGUUGCUGAGAGCCGACCUGUGCCGCGAUCAGUUCUCUCGCUGCGGCGUGGCGGCGCUGAGCGGCCAGUGUGCAUCGAUAGGAGGGAGCUGCGGGCAGAGCUGUGGUGGCUGCUGAUGCCGAACAGAGUUCAGGGACACGAACCUGCCCGGAUUCUCACGACCCUCCACAUCCUCUUGAUCUGUUCUCCUUCCCACAACGUUCUCCUCACUCUGCCUUUCGACUCCUCCUCUACAACUUAUGUGUCUUAUCUAAAAAGAUCUUUUUUGUUUGUUUGUUUGAGUUCAUCUUUUUCUUUUGUGUGUGUCUACCCUGUAGAUCCAAUGUGUACAGAUGACUAACCUCCAAAAGAACAUUGAUGAUUGUAAAAUCACUGGUGCUAUAAAAUCAUCACACUGGUGCAACAAAAAACUGUUAGAGAGGCACAUAGAACUGCAGAAAAUAAUUGUUGUUUUAAGCAUAUGGUACCGUAUUAAUCUCUUGCCUUGUGUUUGUUUAUUUGUUACUGUACUUGUGUUGAAAAGCAGCCAUUCUCAUGAUAAUCCAGGCAUCAAUGGUGGCCACUGUGCCCUGACAUCAGCUAAUCAAUAUCCAGCCAUAAUAGACCGUGAGAUGCGUCAAGAAACAGGUGGUGAGUGGCCGUUGUUUUUGUAUUACCCAACUGGAUCUGUGCUUAGCAACCAAGCAGCAAGCUUACGCAUACAUUAUAUAGAUAUAUCUAUAUAUAGAUAUACAGACACACACAGUAGUACUCUGUACUGUAUAUAUGUAUUCCAGUGGCAGCAAGUGCUUUAAAAAGGCUUCUCACAGAUGGCCUCUGUACUACUGCUUUGUAAAACUGUCACUAUAAAGACUGAGAAAAAUAAAUAAACAUUUUUUUU